AUGCAGUCCAACAUUCGAUAUUUGGUGAAUGUUGCCGUCAAGGGUAACGCAAGCCUUCGAAAUCAUGGCGCAGUGCUGGGUGCGCUAUAUGGCCGAUACUACUCGACGACACACGAUGCCGACCUGGUGGUUAUCGGUUCCGGUCCGGGAGGAUAUGUUGCCUCCAUCAAAGCCGCACAGCUCGGUAUGAAGACCGUGUGCAUUGAAAAGAAUGACACACUCGGCGGAACCUGCUUGAAUGUGGGCUGCAUCCCCUCGAAAGCACUGCUGAACAAUUCGCACUACUACCACAUGGCCCAUUCGGGUGAUCUUGCCUCGCGCGGUAUUCUCGUGGAGAAUGUACGUCUCGACUUGAGCGUACUGAUGGGCCAGAAGUCGAAAGCGGUCAAAUCGCUUACCGGUGGUAUCGCGCAGCUCUUCAAGAAGAACAAAAUAACACACAUCAACGGAUUCGGUACGAUUACUGGCCCCAACACGGUGGUUGCAAAGAAGGCGGACGGUAGCGAAGAGACGGUCAACACGAAGAACAUUCUCAUCGCCACCGGCUCGGAGGUAACACCGUUCCCCGGCAUCGAAGUGGACGAGGAAACGAUCGUUUCCUCCACUGGUGCCCUCAAGCUGAACGAAGUACCGCGACGACUCGGUUUGAUCGGUGCCGGUGUUAUUGGACUCGAGCUCGGUUCGGUUUGGGGCCGUCUUGGGGCGGAGGUGACUGCCAUCGAAUUUCUUAACACGAUCGGCGGUGUGGGCAUCGACCAGGAGGUGUCGAAGAACUUCCAGAAGAUUCUCACCAAGCAGGGAAUGAAGUUCAUGCUCGGCACGAAGGUGAUCAGUGCGUCGAAGGGAGGCAGCGGUGUUACUGUGACGGUCGAGAACGUGAAGGAUGGUUCGCAGCAGAAUCUGGAGUUUGAUGUGCUGCUGGUGUGCGUUGGUCGCCGACCGUACACGGAGGGACUCGGCCUGGAGAAUGUAGGUAUCGUGAAGGACGACCGGGGACGGGUACCGGUGAACAGUCAGUUCCAGACGAUUGUUCCAAGCGUUUACGCGAUCGGUGAUUGUAUCCAUGGCCCGAUGUUGGCGCACAAGGCCGAAGAUGAGGGUAUCGUGUGCGUGGAGGGUAUGCUCGGUGGGCACGUACACAUCGACUACAACUGUGUGCCGAGCGUGGUGUACACGCACCCUGAGGUGGCCUGGGUGGGCAAGAACGAGGAAGAACUGAAGGCGGAGGGUGUCGCGUUCAACGUCGGCAAGUUCCCGUUCGCGGCCAACUCUCGUGCCAAGACGAACAACGACACGGACGGUUUCGUGAAGGUGCUGGCAGAUAAGCAAACGGAUCGUGUGCUCGGAGUGCAUAUCAUUGGACCGGCCGCUGGUGAGCUGAUUAACGAAUCUGUCCUCGCCAUGGAGUACGGUGCGUCAGCUGAGGAUGUUGCACGCGUCUGCCAUGCUCACCCGACCUGUGCAGAAGCCCUAAGGGAAGCGCAUACGGCCGCCAGCUUCGGCAAGCCGAUUAACUUUUAAUUUGUAAAAAGAUA